AUGACAACCCCUACGCUCACCAACAUGAACCAAACAACUACCCCCCACGACAAUUUCGGGCCGCUGCACAUGAUAUUCCAGUCUCUAGGAUUGGCUCACAAUGCGUUGAAAGAUAUUCGAAAAAAGGUGCAGCCCGCAACAGACUACACGAAAAAGACCAACGAAAUCGACACCGACAUCAAGAAGUUGGAAAAACGCAGCUUUGAGGUCUUGAAUGGGAAGCUGUCCAAGGGUGGUUAUGAUCACCCAGCAUCCUUAGACGUUGCUUGGAGGGUGAUAGAUAAUAUGAAAAUCCUCAGGUCGGCAUUUGACGAAGACGAUGUGCAAGAGCUUGCAAAGCCGGAAGACCAACUUUACGAUGCCCAUCUCCUAGUUGCCAUCACCUCGAUGGGAAGCUUGGAACUUUUGAUCCCAGAGACUGAAAGCAGUCCUUGUUCAUAA